AUGGGUGCAGACCCUCUGGCCAUGGGCAUUGGAGGCCAGGGAGCGCUGUGUGUCUUGCUGAUUCUGUUGGAAGAUGGACCCCAGAACACCAGGGUCUCUGCCUGUCCCCAGCAGUGCCCUCCAGACUCCUCAUGUGUCAGUGGCACUGCCUGUCACUGUGAUCCAGGAUUCCUAUCUCCAUCUGGAAAGAAUGAAGUCAACCAAGGGGAGACUUGUGAAGACAUUGACGAAUGUGAACAACCUGUGAAAGUGACCUGUGGAAAAGAUGCACGCUGCCAUAACACGAAGGGGAGCUACUACUGCACCUGCAGACCAGGAUACAGGCCUGGUUCUGGGGCAACAAAGUUUAGUAAUGCAAGUGAGAACACAUGUCAAGUCAUUAACCUCUUCCAGCCCGCCACCGCCUUGCCCCCUCAGGCCCUCACCAUCUCACGCUAUGAGUGCCGCUGCCAUCCUGGCUGGAAGCCUAUUCCUGGGUCCCCCAGUGGCCCACACAACACCGUCUGUGAAGAUGUGGAUGAAUGUACCUCGGGGCAAAACUCCUGCCACAAAUCCACCCAAUGCCACAACACCGAGGGCAGCUAUGACUGCCUCUGUCGCCCUGGCUGGAAGCCGGUUCCUGGGUCCCCCAAUGGCCCACACAACACCAUCUGUGAACAAGAUAUCUCCUUCCCCACCUGGACCCCACCCCCUGAAAUCAAGAGCCAGAGUCUCUCUCGCUUCUUUGAAAGAGUCCAGGACCUGCGCAGAGACUUCAAGUCUGCUCCAGCCCAGGACACCAUCCAGGACAUCAUACAGGAGGUGGAUAAUCUGCUGGAGACCCCAGGGGACCUGUUUACUCUGCCUCGUUCAGAGCAGUACUGUGUGGCCACUAACCUGCUCACUGGCCAGGAGCACAUCCUGAGAGAGCUGAGCAAGGCCUUGUCCAAUGGGACCCUGACCUUCAGGACAGCUGCAGGAACAGAACUGUCCCUGGAGGUGAAGAAGCAAGGAGACAAGAAUGUCACCCUGAGUGUUAAUCAGGCAAAGAUGCUGGUGAACUGGGAUGUGGUGCAGGACUCAGGUGGCUCAGGCCCUUCUGUGGUGGGCCUUGUCUCCUCUCCAGGGAUGGGCAAGUUGCUGGUUGGGGCCCCCCUGGUCCGGGAAACUGAGGAGCAGUCAGUUCUGCAUGAGACACACAAGGGCCUGCUGCAGGAAGUCUCCCCCGUCCUGCUCUCAGAUGUCAUAACAGCCUUUGUCAGCAAUACGGACACUCAGAACCUCAGCUCCCCAGUUACCUUUGUCUUCAAGCAUUCAGUGACCCUAGGGCCAAGGCAGAAGGUGUUCUGUGUCUUCUGGGAGCCUGGCCAGAAUGGAAGUGAUCAUUGGUCCACCAAAGGCUGCUGGAUGGUGGGCACCGGAGACACCAGCACCACCUGCCAAUGCAGCCACCUCAGCAGCUUUGCUGUCCUCAUGGCCCACUAUGAUGUGCAGGAUGAUGAUCCCGCCCUGGCUGUGAUCACCUACGUGGGGCUGAGCCUCUCUCUGCUGUGCCUCCUCCUGGCGGCCCUCACCUUCCUGCUGUGCAAAGCCAUCCAGAACACCAGCACCUCACUCCACCUGCAGCUCUCAAUCUGCCUCUUCCUGGCCCACCUGCUCUUCCUCACGGCCAUCGACAGAACUGAGCCUAAGGUGCUGUGCGCCAUCAUCGCGGGUGCCUUACACUAUCUCUACCUGGCCUCCUUCACCUGGAUGCUGCUGGAGGGCCUGCACCUCUUUCUCACCACACGCAACCUGACGGUGGUCAACUACUCGAGUGUGCGCAGGUUCAUGAAGAAGUUCAUGCUUCCUGUGGGCUAUGGAGUCCCAGCUGUGAUUGUGGCCAUUUCUGCAGCAUCCAGGCCUCACCUUUAUGGAACACCUGCUCGCUGCUGGCUCCACCCAGAAAAGGGAUUUAUAUGGGGCUUCCUUGGACCAGUCUGCGCCAUCCUCUUUGUCAAUCUAGCUUUCUUUCUGAUGACGCUCUGGAUUUUGAAAAGCAAACUCUCUUCGCUCAACAGUGAUGUGUCCACCCUCAAGAAUACAAGGAUGCUGACAUUUAAAGCGAUAGCUCAGCUCUUCAUCUUGGGCUGCACGUGGUGUCUGGGAAUCCUGCAGGUGGGUCCAGCUGCUCAUGCCAUGGCCUAUCUCUUCACCAUCAUCAACAGCCUGCAGGGCGUCUUCAUCUUCCUGGUGUACUGUCUCCUCAGCCAGCAGGUCCGGGAGCAAUACAGGAAAUGCUGGAAGGGCGUCAGAAAAAUCAAAACAGAGUCUGAGCAAUACACCCUCUCCAGCGGAAUCCAGUCAGAUGCCCCUAAACACAGUGUGGUAAAAGAUGAUGGAACGACAGCAGAAAAGAGAAAAUUAAGUCAAUUCUAAGAAAACUAAAGGUGAGUGAUUAAGGAAAAACAGGUAA